UGCCUCUGCUGGACCAAUUGCAGCCCAGCAUCUCUGCCGGCCAAUCGGAGCGCUCCCGGGUGAUGUCAUGCAGCAGGCUGCUGUUUUGAUGCCGAUGCUGCCGAGCUGCGGAGCUUCAGAGUGAACAGCGAGAGCGCCGAGCAUCACUGCAGGGAACAGACUCUACCUCACCACAGUGUCUUUGACAGAAAACAGACCAACGGCAGGAUGACUCUAGCAGCGUACAGAGAGAAGAUGCGGGAGCUCCCCCUGGUGUCUCUCUUCUGCUCCUGCAUCCUCCCCCGACCCAAACACACCACAGAAGAAGACGAGAAAAAAGCCGACGUGGUGGACUUGAACCUCUGCAGCAUCCGGGACAUGGAGGUGAUCGAGCUGAGCAAGCGUGCGAGUGGCCAGGCCUUCGAGGUCAUCCUGAAGCCGCCCACAUUCGAUGGUGGCCCCGAGCUCAGGGCGACCACGCCGCCGCGCGGGAAGCCCUCGCUGGAGGAGAUCCAGAAGAAACUGGACGCCGCCCAGGAGAGGAGGAAGUGUCAGGAGGCGGAGCUGCUGAAGCAUCUCGCCGAGCGGAGGGAGCACGAGCGUGAAGUGGCUCAGAAAGCUCUGACCAAAGAGCGCCAGGAGCAUCGCGCCGACGCUGACAAGCAGCAGCGGCAGAUGCACCUGAACGCCUCGCCGGAGAGACAGCAGAUGCACCUGAACGCCUCGCCGGAGAGACAGCAGCAGGAGGAGGACAAGCACAGUGUGGAGGUGUCCUGAUGGCCUGAUCACAACACAAGCUGAACUUUAUCUGGAAGCCAUUUUGGAGGCUGACGAGGAGAGGAUUGGUGCGCUGGCGAACCGGCACUGCUCCGACCAACUGGGAGACAGACGGGAAGAGACGCUGAAAAGAGUGAGAGAAGAAGAAAAACAGGGGACUGAGGGGCGAGUUUAACUUCCUCUCUACAACCAGGACUCUUCUUAAACCAGAUAAACUCUUUAAAAUGAGAAAAAAAACUGUCUGAGAGGCGCUUGCAGAUUCAGUCAUCUUUCGAUGGUUCACGGGGCGUAUUACUGUGCUUUGUUGCUAUGCCAACAGUGCCGAUGUGUUCGUGUGCGUGCGAUUGUUUUAUCGAGGAAACGAAAGUCUUCUGUAAAGUGUGAAAAGUUGGACCCGACCAGACCAAACCUGAAAGAGAAAACCGGACCUGAACCCAACGCAAAUGCUUCUAAAAAAGGUUGUUUUGGGUCAAGACUGAGGCUCCAUUUACACCGCUAUGUUUUGGUUAAAAAGGAAUUUCUUCUGCUACGUUUCCCCCUCUCAUUCCCCAUGCUCGGGUGU